CCGCGGAAUAAGUGCCAUACAGCACUUGCCGACGACUAGGCAAAGUUCAACCCUUCUCGCCGAGCUUCCCAAACAACCGAUCUGCAAACAAACAAGGAACCAAGCGGGAGAGACCAUCGACAGAGCCAACAAGAUCGUACGACUUUUUGAGUUAUGGAAGGGGUCAGACCCAGACACGCCGAUCGCCCGGUGCGGCCUGUUACUCCAUUUUUUUCAGAGCCAGCAAAAUGGAAACCAGCCAUGUUAUAGCGUGGUAUGCCUGUAGGCCACCCCGAAGCUCCCCGAAGUCUGCCACAUAAAAUAAUGGAAGGCGACAUGGUGCUUUCCAGGCUGGUUUCAGCGAUGGAGCGAUGACACGUCGGUCAACGGUUCCUGCCGCUUACCCUUUCCACCACCUUCCGCGAUUUUACCUCGCUCGCUCGCCAGUAGCGCCAAACCCCAGUACCCUCAGUUAUAUGGUAGCUAAGAUACCUACCCUCUACCUCAGAUGUGCCGUAAGAAUCAGCAAUUGCUACUCCUGGUGGUAUCUUUCGCGGUGGAUUUUUUUUUCCGAGGUCCUCCAUAACCAUUUACUUGAUGUGGGAUGGAAAAUUUUCCAUGUUCUGGUUCUGGGCAAUCCAAUGCCACAACCCCAUUCUCGCGAUGUGAUAGGUCGCAGCCGGAGCGUUGUCCGCACCCCACAAACCCGACGGGGGGGGGGCAGGGGAUCGCCGCUGAAUGCUGGCGGCCAGCCAACCACAGGCCGCCGGAGCCAGCUCCUGAAGAGGGCAGCUUUUAGGGCACCCCCCGCGCCGUCAGAGCGCAGGAGCGACACCACCUCCCUGCACCACACCCUAGGGAGGUCGCGCGCCUUGCCGCAGACAUCGCCGCCCGUCAUCCGAACAUGGAAUGAAAACAACCACCACCCGACAUCAGCACCCGCUCACCUAGGUUGGCCCGAACAGGCGUGCUGCGAUAUUGAAGCUAGCGGGCUGUAGCGUGUUCUUCCAGCUUGCUCUAAGUGAGAGAGAGAGCCGCGGAGUCGCUGUCAUUGGGCAACUCGUAACGCCAUUUCGUCUCUUUUUCUUCUUCCAGAACCCGAGGGUUUCUUUUUGCGAUCUAGACUUCUAGAUGUCUCUCUUUCUUUUCUUUUUGGGGGGUUUU